GUGUUAGUUUCUACGUGACGUCACUUCCGUCGCGCUUAGAGUGGUGCCAAGAUGGACGCUCCCUGGGCUCGGGAGCAGCUCCGCCGGCGUUACCAGUUGCCCACUGACGUCGAGACCCGGCUAGACCGCGAGGGCGACACCGGGCGGGAAAGCUCCACAACUGUUGAGAAAAAGGAAAAACCUCUUCCAAGACUUAAUAUCCAUUCUGGAUUCUGGAUUUUAGCAUCCAUCAUUGUGACCUAUUAUGUUGAUUUCUUUAAAACUGUUAAAGAUAACUUUCACACCAGUAGUUGGUUCCUCCUGGGCGCUGCCCUGCUGCUUGUCAGUUUGUCUGUCGCUUGUUACUGCAUUGUCUACCUGGAGUGGUACUGUGGUGUUGCGGACUAUGACGUCCAGUAUCCGACGCUGGUGCCCAUCACCACUGCCACGUUCAUCGCAGCGGGAAUUUGUUUCAACGUGGCCUUGUGGAACGUGUGGUCGUUCUUCACCCCGCUGUUGCUGUUUACCCAGUUCAUGGGGGUUGUGAUGUUCAUCUCGCUCCUCGGGUGAGCUGAGGUAAGGAUCCAGCCCUCUCCUGGGGGCGGCUCUUCAGAGCCCUCCUGGAGGCAUCAAGCAUACCUCCACUGUGGCUGAGUCCACACGCGAGGCUGUUUGUCUGGAAACCCGCUUCAGUCAGCUUACAAGGACGAUUGGCCAGAGAAUUCUUGAGGCAUGGAACUUGGGAACCGUGGGCAGUUUGACCUAAGUGGGGGUGAACUCUCCGCAGUUCCAUCUGUGCUGGCUGCUUCAGAAAAACUUAAGAGAUGAUACAGCCCGACCUUUCUUUCCUGUGUUGCUUAGAGAGUCUGUGUCCUCAGAGCUCCCUGGGCCUGCUGCCUUACAGAAUACGGUUGGCUUCCGAGCCAUUUAUCAGAGAAACGGGCAGUUUCAAGACUGCUCCCACCACCCAGCAUCUGGUAAAAGGACAAAUAAAAACCGUCCCUUCAUGCCACUCCUGUCCCACUUGGCAUUCCCUGAGGAAGCUGGGACCCCCCCCAGAGGAAGUCAGCAUCUACAACAGUUUACUGACAGGGAAAUGAGGCCCAGGGAGAGGAAGGCUUUGCAGCUGUCCUGUGUCCCAAGGAGGGUACCCUUGCCAUUGGCCACGCUUGUGUUUCCGUGGGGCAGAAGGGCCUUUUGCUGCCUGUCUGAGAAUGGUUGCCAGCAAUGUGUGACAGUAGUCGUGUAGGCAGUGUCCUCCAGACAUCGCACCGCGUGGAGAGAACUUUAGGACGUCCUGCAGUGGCCCUGUCCCUGUUCACGGCACUGCUCAGGCAGCUCAGGGCCUAGCACAUCCCCUCUUUCUGCCUGAGUCCUGUGCUCUGCUUCUCUGACCACCAGGAGUCUCCUGGGGCCGUGGUGACUUCUGUGAGCCCUGGGGAGCCCUGAGCAUCAUGCCAGGCGAUGGGGAAGGUCGUGCUGUCGGGGCCUUGGAUCGAGCUGUGCCUUUGCAGUUCAUGAGCAGAACACAGGGCAUCUGGUGUGGGACGUAGGUGCUGGUUUCCUUUCAGAUCAAAGGAUGUGGAUGUUUAAAAGGAGUGACGGGACGUGCAGCCUGCCGACAGCAUUGUGGACAGGAAAGCUGCAGUGUGGUCUCGUGUCUGGGAAGUGACACCUGGGAUCCCUGGGAAAACGGUGAAGAUCUGUUGUUGAAAUUACAAUAAAAUGUAUUUCUUUUGCCCAAGUGAUUAUUCAGCUUUUCAGAAGUCUGUGCUGUAUAGAAAUAACUAUUUUGAGAUGUUAAUCUGAAUUUUGGGAGAAGUAGUUCCAUUAUUGUUGUAUAACAUGCUCUUUAAAAUUUUGAGUAAGUGCUGCUUUUUCUCUUAAGGGGUAGCAAUUUUUUGUCUAAAAUGGCUGUGUGUGUGCAGAGGAACUGUGUCGUGUGCCUUUGGUACCACUUUGGUCAUUCCUGUGUGUCAUUUUAUAGUAGUUUUGUUAGGUGGCGGGACCAAAUGGAAAACUGUAUAUUUUCUCAUCACUUUUGAUUUUACCAUCGUGGAAAUGAAUGGAUUUUUAGCAUUUUUAAUUAUCGUAUGUAUUUUUCUGUAACAUUUAAAUAAAAUAUUUUUAUAACUUU